AAUAAUUAAAAUUAAGUAGUUUACUUAUAAUUAAAGAUAAUGCAGUGUCCUUAAUGGGUCUAACAAAGUGGUUAAUAAAUUAAUUGUCAAUCUUAAUCAAAUAUAAAUACUAUAAUGUAGAAUGCAAAAGUUAAAGUGUAAUUUAUGUAAUAUGAAAUAAAUCCUAAAAAUUUUGAUCUACCUGUUUUCCCUUCUUUGAAAACUUUUACUGUUAAUCUACUAAAUGCUAACAACAAUAGUAAUACAGGUACCCUAUUAUAAUUUUAUUUUUAAGAGACAGUUUUAUCAACAGAUUAAGGUUGGAUUCUAGAGGAUUAUAAAGAUUAGUAAAUCAAUUCAUAUUACACAUACUAAGAAAACUAAUUGGAUAACGCAACUUCUUCAUUACUUACAAUGGAGAUUUAUAUUUACAGCCAGAAACAUUUUGUUGAGAGAACUUAUAGUAAGAUUCAAGUAUAUUUAGCUUAUAUUGGUGGUAUUAUAAAGAUGCUUAUGAUUUUAGGAGAAUUUGUAACUCGGCCUUUUGUAAGAUUAAGCUUAAGUAUUAAGAUCGUCAACGAAGUAUUCGAUUUUGAAGGCGGGGAGUCAGAAGGUGGAUCUACAGAUAUUUUAAGCUACGAAGAGCUUUAUCAUGUUCCAAAGAUUCAACAGAAUGAAAACUAGUUCUAAAGAGGUUCCAGUAUUUAAAGUUUAGCAAUUUAAAAAUCAUUUAGUCCAACUACUUUUGAGGGUAUGGCUAAUAGCUAUUUAAAAAAUGAAAGACCUCCUUAGUUAUUUAAAAAUAACAUAGACUAAAUCGAACCUUACAACUAAACCACAAGUCUUAUUAAAAUACAAAAAGCUGAAUAAAAUAAUGUAGAUAAUAAAGGAAUGAUUGAAAAAAAUAGGAGUAGAAAUAUAUCGAUUAUCCAUGAGCAUCAUAAUGAUAAUCAUAGUGUUUCAACUCCAUAACACUAUAACAGACAAAGUAGAGAUAUAAGUCCUAUGAUUUCGGCUCUAGGGUUAAAAAAACUAAGCUAAAAUGGGAGCUCGAAUAAAUAAUCAAAAACUUCUUUGGAUGAAAACACAUUUGUAAAUUAAUAAAAAUUAAAUUAAAUUUAAAGCUAUGUAUUAAACAAGGAAGAAGCUUCCUAAUUUGAUAGGAUAUAAAAUGUAAAACAAACUUUUCAGCCUAUAAACAUUAUUGGAUAGAUACAAAUACAUAAUAAUAAAUCUAAGGAAGCAUCUAUCUCUUAGUAAAACUAUGAAACACCUAAGCUUCCUUUUAAUAAUUAAAGACACAAUUCUUGCUCAUCAUAAUAAUCUUCUUCAUCAUCAUCUUCUUCUUCUUAAUCUUCCUCAUCUUAAUCUCAGUCUUAGCAAAGCUCACAAAGAUCAAAAAAUGGUCAAAGUAAAAAUAGAAAUAAAAAGCUAUCAAAUUCUCUUCCUAGCACCCCAAAAUUGAAUUAAUUGGUAAAAACACAGGUACCUUCACCUUCUUAUGCUCAACAUAAGAGUGAUAGAUUAAAUUUUAGAUCUAAAAAAUAAGAGGAAGGAUUUUAAUUAGCUGAUUAAGUUGGAAAUUAGCAAACAAGAUAAUCAUAAAAGAUAACAGGUGAUAUUGAAGAAAUGAUUAAUACUCCUAACUGUAUAAAAUUGGUAUCCUAAUAAAUAGUAUAAUCUAACUAAAUAAUUAAAAAUAAACAAAAUUAAUAAAUCACCUUGAGUGUAGAUACCAAUCUACCAAAACCUAUUUCUAAUUAAUUUUUAUCAUUAAAUGAAUAACAAAUCACUUCUAAAAGAAGUAAAAGUAUUUUAAAAAAUGGGAAUUCUAUCACUAUCAGACACAGUUACAGUAUUGGUGAACAUAAUUAAGAAUCUAGUCCUUAAAUACCAGAGGAGUAUUCACCUUAAAGGAAAAAUAAUUUAUCUAUCACAUUUUGCAAGACAGAAAAAUAAUCUAAUUACAAUGAUGAAAAAUCUCCUUAAAAAAGCGAUUAUGGAUCACAGAGACUAAGCCCCGAUUAUCGUACAAGAUUUUCAGCAAUUUCUUCUCCAGAGCGUGAUUCUAAUUAUUCUCCCUAAAAUAAAUAACAUGUAAUAAAAAAUAUUAGUUUUUAACCAUAGCCUUAAAGCAUUAUUAAGCCUUUUAACCUUAUUGAGAGAAGGUCAUAAUCGGUAUUAGGGAUAAGUAAACUUAAAGGAUUUAAAAUAGCAGAAAAUAAUAGUUUUAACCCAAAUGAUUCUCAAAAUAUAACUCAUUUACAAAACCAAGAAAGAGACAAUAUUAGAACAAGAAACAGCUCACAAGCAUAGCAAUAAAUGUAAAUAAAUAUGCACAGGCAUAGCUCCAAAAGACUAUCAUUAAUAGACUAGUAAAGAAUAUUAGCAGCAUCAAAGCUAAUGGCAAACUUUUAAAACCAUUUGGAGACUCCUGUGGAAGCUUUGAAAGACUAUGGAAAACUAGCCCAUUCUCCUAAAAAAAAGCUUAAAAAUGCCGACAGCAUAUUUAAAAAGCUAGUUAGAUAAGGAAAAGUUCUAAAAAUGCAGUUUUUCGAUUAUUUCACAUUUUACUUGCAGUGCUUCAAAAGUAUUUAUUCUGAAAAGAAGAAAUAAAUAAAAUAUAGCAAGGAAAGGGUUAAAGAAAGGUUGGAUGUUGUAUAUAUCAUGCAGAAACUUGUAGAAAUUGAUAAAUUGAAAAUGCUUGUCCUCAAUGAAGAUUAGAUUAAGCUUUUUGAGUAUCUUCCAAAACCUAUUGUGCAUCUUAAUCCAAAAGAAGUACCACCUAGCCCUAGUUUGAAAAAUAGUAAUAAACCAAGUCCAAAUAGUCACCUUCAUCACCCUUAAAACAUGUAAUAAGCUUGGUCUAUGCUUCAUUAACAAAAAAAUCCUAUUGAAAAAGCAGCAGAAGCUAGUGAAGUUUAUAAGAAUAUGAUAGAAAACGAUCCUGAAUAGCUAACUUCAAUUGAUAGAAAGUUGCUUGAGAUGAUGGAUGUGAGAGUAAAGAAUAUAUUUGAGAAUAAAAUUAUUAACUAGAGAUAAAAAAAUUAAGCUCAAAUUGAAAUGAAUAAUUCAGUGCUACUUAAUAGAAUUAAUACAGAUUAAAUUAAUAUGUCCAUUAAUGACAAUAAUGUGACAAAAGAUAAUUGUAACGAAACACAAAACUUAUUUUUAGAUCCAUAACAGUAGUAAAACAAAACAAACAAUAGCCAAAUUCUUGAAAAAUAUACUAAUCAGAAUUUAAAAUCGUUAGAUGAAAUACCUUUCAAUAAAACAGAAGAGUAUGGAAUUCAAUCAAAUAAAAAUCAAAACAGCACAAAAAAUUUAAAAAAUUUAUUUUUAUAUGAAGUAUAACAAUCUUUGAAAAAGAUUGAUGAAGAAAGUGACUAAGUUAAGAGAUAAAAUUCUAUAAAUUCUAGCCAAAAAUAACAAGAGCAAGUAAUUAAUCAAAGUUUGUGGAAUCAAAAUAUGUACUCUUCAAAAGAAAAUUAAUUAAAAAAAACAGAAAGAGUUGUUUGA